AUGAAUAACCCAGCCGUAGUGGUCAUUGGGCCUGGCAAGUCUAAAAUCAUCGACACGCCAAUUCCCAAAAUUACUGGGGAAAACGAAGCCAUCAUCAGAAUCAAAUUUGGGGGGGUGUGUGGCAGUGAUGUCCAUUUCUGGGAUGACGGCGCCAUUGACGGAAACCCCGUGUCCGAGAAGAACUACCUGCCCUUGGGACAUGAGGCAUCGGGCACAAUCGUCUCACUGUCACCUGAGGUUAAAAACCUUAGUGUAGGGGAUAAUGUGGCCAUUGAACCAGCCAAUCCAUGUCGAGUUUGUAUCCGCUGCCGCGAAGGAGUGUAUAACCUUUGUCCGAACAUGAAAUACGCAGCCUCUGGAACAGAACACCCCGGAACUCUUACAAAAUUCUUCAAAGUUCCUGCCGACUUCUGUUACAAGCUUCCUCCACAUGUGAGUCUCGAAGAGGGGGUUCUAGCAGAGCCCCUUGCGGUGGCCGCUCAUUCAGUUCGGAUGAUCGGUAUAAAACCCGGUCAAAGCCUUGUCAUUUUCGGUGCUGGUACAAUCGGAUUGGUUUGUGGAGCGGUGGCUAAGGUUUUCGGUGCGCGCAAGAUUGUUCUUGUGGAUAUAUUGGACAGCAAACUCGGUUUUGCCAAGGGUUUCCUCGACUGUGAGACCUUCAAAACGACCAAGGGGGCAGAUCCCGAGGCCAUGGCUGCUGAAAUUAUCGAGAAAUUCAAUCUCAGUCUCGGAGCUGAUGCCGUGAUUGAAGCAACUGGCGCUGCAUCAUCAACCAUGGCAUGUGUGUUCGUUGCUAGAAAGGGAGCGCAUUUCGUUCAAACCGGUAUUGGGAAACACAUCAUCGACUAUCCGAUCUUCCAGUUCAGCAUCAAGGAACUCCACAUGCAUGGCGCCUUCAGACAUAGCGAAGGUGAUUAUCGUGUUGCAAUGGAUAUUUUGGAAAAUCGGCUGGUUCCCGUCAAACAACUGAUUACUAGAAUGUACAAUUUUGAAGACAUCGAAUCAGCUUGGACGGCUACACUUUCUGGCAAGGGUGUCAAGAAUAUGGUUCGUGGAGUUCCAGAAUAA